AUGAAUAUUAAGCGCAAGUUUGUUGCUGACGGUGUUUUCUAUGCUGAGUUGAACGAGUUCUUUACUCGCCAGCUUUCGGAGGCUGGAUAUGCUGGCCUUCAGAUCAAAGUCACCGCACAUCGUACAGAAAUCAUCAUUAGAGCCACUAGACCAAACUUGGUCCUUGGUGAACGUGGAACGCGCAUCAAAGAGCUCACCAUGCUCAUCCAAAAGCGCUUCCAAUUUGAAGAUGGCAAGAUCGAGCUUUUCAUUGAACGUGUUGAGAAUCGUGGACUUUGUGCUAUUGCCCAAUGCGAAUCUCUUCGCUUCAAGCUCCUUGCGUCCGUUGCUGUGCGAAAAGCAUGCUAUUCUGUCCUUCGUUAUGCUAUGGAAGCUGGUGCUAAAGGCUGUGAGGUUAUUGUCUCUGGUAAAAUCCGUGGACAACGUGCAAAGGCAAUGAAAUUUUCAGACGGAUUUUUGGUCCACUCCGGUCAACCUUCUGCCGAUUAUAUUGAUUCCGCUACGCGCCACGUCCUUCUUCGUCAAGGUGUUUUGGGUGUAAAGGUUAAAAUUAUGCUUCCAUACGAUCCAACUGGUCGCACUGGUCCUAAAAAACCUCUCCCAGAUCAAGUCCUUAUUUAUGAGCCCAAAGAGGAUGAAAAUCAUAUGAACGUUACCGUGGAAACCCAAGACUUUACUCUGCGCCCUCAACACAUCACCGAAGGUAUUUCCCGAAUCGCUCUGAGCAAUUAA